GGAAUAAAUCAAUAUGGCGGCUAUCUAAUCGACCGUAAAAAGUGUGUCGCAUGUUAUAUUUUGAAAAUAAUUAAAGGCGAAAUAUUUAAGUCUAUUUAGAGUUAUAAUGCCGGUUAUCGCAGGAGGUUACCAACAUGGCCCGAGCUGUUGGGACCGAGUAAAAAUGGGCUUUACCAUGGGAUUCUGUGUAGGUUUAGCCUCUGGAGCAAUUUUCGGAGGAUUCUCAGCUCUCAGGUCUGGCAUGAGGGGAAGGGAAUUGGUAAACAACAUGGGAAAGAUUAUGGUACAAAGUGGAGGAACGUUUGGGACGUUUAUGGCGAUCGGAUCCGGCAUAAGGUGUUAGUACAAGGACAGCAUUGUGUAUAUUAAUUAUAGGCAGGGAAGCAACUUAUUGAAAACUCUAUGAUGAAUUUUGUAAUAAAAUAUAUUCAAGGAUGGGCCUACCUUCUGUAGCUAUAA